GGCGGGUCAAGUCCUUAAGCUGUUGCUUGGUGGACCGCGCCUGCCUGUUUUCCUCCAGAGCCCACUCCCUCCACAUCCUGCUCCUCCCAUCAGCGCUCUGAUUUUCCCGACAGUUUCCAGUCCCCACCCAGCGCUCUCCUCAGCCCCUGACCUCGGCUCUCCGCCCCCGCCCCCAACUUUCCAUCCCUGCUCUUUCCGUGCUUCGCUUCCUCGUUAUCUUACGUACCCUGCGCCCGGCUUCUCCUCGCCUUCCUUCCAAAAACCAGGAUUGCCAAGGCCGGUGCCUGCACCACCCCCGAUCCAAAAAACAAAGACCCCCCCCCCCAACCUCCGACCCCACCACAGCAAACACAGUCCACUAACGCACAACGCGCACAAAAGCCAUCGGCUGGGAAAGCGUAGGGCGCGUUCUGCCCCGACGUCGUCGAGAAUCGGAGGCAAAGAUCCCUAUGUUAACUCAUCGAGACAAAUAUAACUAUGGCCUUCUACAGUUAUAAAACAGUUUUAGCUAUUGCUGGAGCAAGAUUCCCUAGCCAUUUUGUCCAUCCUACCAGCUCUUCUUACUCCCCAUCACUUGCAUUUCUUCACUUGCCAGAUUCCCAUUUAAAUAAAACAUAUGUGAAGAACUGUGGAAGCAAGAAGUACUCCUAUCCUAGUCACUCAGGCAAUAAAGUCCUUCACUUACGAACUAGAACAAUACAAAAGCUGCACACGUCUACUUGUUGGCUGCAAGAGGUCCCUGGGAAACCUCAGCAGGAGAAAACCACAAAAAAGCCACAGGUGCCAAGCCCCCAGUCAACAAAAGAAACUGGCUCGAAGGUUAAGGAAGAAAAGCGAUCUUAUAGACAAAUCAUUAUGGAUGAACUUAAAUAUUAUUACAAUGGAUUCUAUCUGCUGUGGAUUGACACCAAAGUUGCUGCCAGAAUGGUUUGGAGGCUGUUGCAUGGACAGGUGCUGACCAGACGAGAGAGACGAAGGCUGUUGAGAACAUGUGCUGAUUUCUUCCGCCUGGUUCCAUUCAUGGUGUUUAUUAUUGUCCCCUUCAUGGAAUUCUUAUUACCAGUGUUUCUGAAACUCUUUCCAGAGAUGUUGCCAUCAACUUUUGAAAGUGAAUCCAAAAAGGAAGAAAAACAGAAAAAGAAAAUGGCUGCAAAGUUGGAACUAGCAAAAUUCCUCCAGGAAACAAUUACAGAGAUGGCAAGGAGGAACCGAGCCCAGCUGGGGGAUGCCUCUACCCAGUUCUCCUCCUACAUCAAACAGGUCCAGACAGGCCACAAGCCCAGCACAAAGGAGAUAGUUCGCUUUUCCAAACUCUUUGAGGAUCAGCUGACCCUGGAGCACCUGGAUCGACCACAGCUGGUUGCCCUUUGCAAACUGCUGGAACUGCAGUCCUUUGGAACCAACAAUCUACUCCGCUUUCAACUCCUGAUGAGGCUGAAGUCCAUAAAAGCGGAUGAUGAAGUCAUAGCCAAGGAAGGGGUGAGUGUGCUGAGCGUGUCAGAGCUGCAAGCCGCCUGCAGGGCCCGGGGGAUGCGGUCACUGGGUCUCACUGAGGAACAACUGAGGCAGCAGCUCACAGAGUGGCAGGACCUCCACCUGAAGGAGAAUGUCCCUCCUUCUCUUUUGCUCCUGUCCCGAACCUUCUACCUGAUAGAUGUGAAGCCAAAGCUGAUUGAGAUACCACUCAGUGGGGAGGCCCCCAAGCUGGAUAUUCCCAUGGGAUCGCCCACUUCCACUGAAUCUAAAGAGAACACGGCAGGCUUAGCACCUCAGCUGAAGGGAACUAAGGCCGAAUCACAAAAGACAAGUGAGAACGGCAAGCCUAGUUGAAAAGGAGCCCAAGAACCGGUGGAGGACGAAGCUCACUCCUUCUGACUUCCCACCCUCAGCAGCGGCAUCCAUAAAGGACAGCCCGGCUAAGACUCUCUGGGUCUGGUUGGAAUAGAUCAGCCACUUAGUCCUUGGGAGCAGUCUUCUGAGGCCUUGUAACCAUUCAGAUGAUGUCAGCGGCAAGACAAAGUUGAGACUGUUUGGAAAAUUGUAAUUGCAAAGUCCAUUUCCUCUGUAGCAUCAGGUCAUCCCGCUAGACCUUGUGUAAAGCCCACCCACCAUGGUGGUUUUGAAUAGCCUCAUCUUUGUUCACAUGUCCUUUAAGGGAGGACGUUUUGUGCAUGUGGAAUCAGCUUGGUGCCUUAGAUACCUCUUGCCUCCUAUAGCUUGGUGAGCUGGGUAAGCGAUGGGCAGCGUGCCUGACCAACUCUUUCAGUGACCCAUCAGUAGGAAUGGUGCCCUGGAAACAAAGCACCUUGCGAGGCGGAAUGGCUGUUAACUGCCCAGUAAGGUCUUCCUGGAUGUAAAGAAGAAAAGCCUUCUUGGAGAAGAAAAUGGAGAGUUAGACUGGCAAUCAGAAAGAUUUGGCUGCUGCUUGGCUGUUCUGAGACAGCCCCUCCCGGGCCUGCAGAGGCUGCAGGAGUCUGGGAGGCUGCCAUUACUCUAGCACAUAUGGCUUCCAUUAGCCUCCUUUUUGCUAGGAAAUGUAAUUAAGGGUUUAAGACUUAACCAUUUGUGCUGGGUGUGUGUUUUCCUGGUCUGUUUGUCUCUCCCAAACAAGGCUAUUUGUUAGUUACAGGGCUUGUUAGAGUCUGAUAUAAUCCCCAUGCUACCCAGGCACAAGUAUUAUGUUCAGAUAUUUAUGUUGGGUGUCUUCAGGUUUGUCAGUACUGAAAAAAACUUAACAUCAUAGUUAGAUGGCCAUGCAGCUGACCAACAGCCUUCUUGCCUUGGGGAGUGCUUAGGAGGGAAGAGGUAUUUCAGCUGUGGGUGAUGAGAGUCGAUUUCUUGACUCGCUGUGAAAUUGAAAGCAGUUAAAUGGGAGUUAGGAUGGAACCAAGUCAAACUCAAACCUCUCUGUCUGGGAUCCUCUGAGCGAGGAAUGUCAUUAGCAGUUUGCAGCGAGGAAAUGCACUCUAAAGGGCUUCCUAGACCUCCUCUCCACUGGAGGACAAGCCUUGCUGUUUCCUGUGGGGAUUCCAGUUCCUUGACAAUGACAAACUGAUGGUGCUGCAUCCUGCAGGUCUUGCCAUUGGCCAAGCAAGGUGAUUCGCAGUAAAAUUUCCCGUUUUUAAAAUGA